UCUCGGCCGAAUGUCCUGCGUCUUCUGCUAGCACUUAGGAAUUCUUCUGCUAUUUUGUGAGAUUUUGUGGGUUGGGAUGGACGAUAAGCUCAUUCAAAAGACGGUGGUGCACCCAGGGAAAGGGGAUGCUGGCUUUCUGGAUGGGACGAAGGUCACCUUUCACCUGAAAACCGAAACAUGUGAAGAGACCCCAGUAGUCAUUGAUAACAGCCAUGACUGGAAAAAUCCUGUGGAACUUAUUCUUGGCAAGAAGUUUAAGCUUGAAGUCUGGGAAGCUUGCAUUCGCACCAUGUUGCCCGGGGAAGUUGCUGCUUUUACUGUAGAUAAGUCGUUAUUAACUUCCUAUCCCCUGGUGUCCAAAACCCUCCGUGAUGCUUAUAGCAAAGGCACGCCACAGAAGAAAGAGAAGAAACCCCACCACUGCUGCGGCAUGGGCUUCAAAGAGGGCCUAGGAUUUGCGGACUUAGAUGACUUAGUGAAGACACCAAGGAACCUUACUUUCACUAUUGAUCUCUUCAAGGUGGAAUCUCCCAAUUCAUAUCAGAAAGAGUUUUGGGCCAUGAACGAGAGCGAGCGAAUAAGCAGCAUCCCGGCCCUGAGAGAGGAGGGCAACACACGUUACAAGGAAGGCGACUACAAAGAAGCAAGUACAAAAUAUUCUGAAGCCCUCGGCAGAUUAGAGCAGCUCAUGUUAAGAGAAAAACCAAAUGAUGAGGAGUGGAACAAACUGAAUGAAAUGAAAAUGCCGCUACUCUUAAACUACGCGCAGUGCCAGUUGCUCCAGGGAGAAUACUAUACUGUCAUUGAACACUGUACUACCGUGCUGGACAAGGACCCUGACAACGUGAAGGCACUCUUCCGCCGCGGCCGCGCUUACGUUGAGGUCUUCAGCCCAGAGGAAGCAAAAAGAGACCUAGAAAAGGCGGCCCGACUUGAUUCCGGUGUUGCCGCAGGUUGCAAGAAGCUCCUCGCACAAUUGGCCAAGAUGGAGAAGGAGAAGACGGCACAAGAUAAGAAUAUUUAUAGUAAAAUGUUCACUUCAUCUUAGUUCAUAUACUAAGGGACUAGAGUCUAUAUUCUGCUUUUCAUGGUAAAAAAAAAUUGUAUGAAGUGUUAUCUAUGGUGAUAUGUGUCUUUGCAACAAAUUGUAGUUAUAUGUUUGAUUGGAAAGAGGAAGAAUUGGCUGCGGUUGACAUGCUGCUAAUAUUCCUCCGUUUAUUUAAAGUUGGUUUGUGUAUAUAACUAUGCACCUGAAAAUUGUGUCUUUAGCAAGAAGAUGCUUUUAACCAUCUUUCUGCUACAAGUUUAUACUGCAUUCAGAAAGCAUAUUUGGUUAAUGUUUAUGAGGAUGAUGAUGAUGAUAUAGCAUUAGGUCACAUUUGUGCUCACGAAGCAUUGAAAAAUAAAUGCAAACCACACCCAUACCAAUUUUAGAAAGAGGUUCUGCAUUUAGGCCUAUUGGUCAUGACAUAUAUCCUCUUGUCUUCAAAAAAUGAACUUUAGGUAAUGUGCGUGUGAGUGUGAGUGUGAGAGUGUGAGUGUGUGAGUGUGUGAGAGUGUGAGUGUGAGUGUGAGUGUGAGUGUGA